UCGGAUCCAUCUGUCAUGGCCGAUACUCGGUGCGUGUAUGUAGUUUUGGUCGGUCCGUGUUGGCGCGCGGAACGUCCUGCUGCUUACGUUCGGGUGAAAAAAGAUGGUCCGAAAUAAUGGGAAGACGGUUAAGCGCAGAAGGCGUUAGUGAUCUGACGAUCCUCGUGCCGGAUGAUUUAUUCGAUAAGUCCGGGACGAUGGAGUCACGGACACGACGUAUUCGAUUACGGAUCUUCGUUGGUCUAUGUCUAUUUCUUGCAUUAACCGGGAUCGUAUAUCUCGGUUACUUUUGUCCGGAUCACGUGUGUGCCCUGACCAAUCGACAAGACAUCAAAGAGUCUGGAAGAAUUCCAGAGGGGAGUUUAUCAUUUGGUGCACCUGCAGCUGCCUUGUCAUCUUCUGUCUCUAUAGAGCUCGACAAGAACGGUCUUUUUUCUUUACACCCUGCAUUUAAGUUACAAAGCAUACAGGGAAGUCUUGGUUAUGAUGAUAUAUUUGCCAACGACACAUUUCAAUUUGACAUCAAUGCGCAUGAUGUUAUGGUGUUCCUGCAUAUUCAAAAGACAGGGGGAACAUUGUUUGGUAAACAUCUAGUAAGAGAUCUGGAUCUACAGAGACCGUGUUCUUGUCAGAGAAGACGUAAGCGCUGCCUUUGUUUCCGUCCACACCGCAGUGAAAAUUGGCUUUUUUCUCGAUACUCUACUGGCUGGAAGUGUGGCUUACACGCUGACUGGACUGAAUUAACUAGUUGUGUUGAUUCAGAGUUAAACAAAAUUGAAGGAGAAGGAAUAAAGCGUAGAUAUUUUUACAUAACUAUCAUAAGGGAUCCCGUUGCACGUUAUUUGUCCGAAUUUCGACAUGUGCAAAGAGGUGCGACAUGGAGAGGUGCACGUCAUUGGUGUGGUGGAACUCAAGCUAAUAUACCGCAGUGUUAUAAUGGACUUAGUUGGCAAGGAGUUAGUUUAGAACAGGUGGGCCAGUAUUCAUUUGAAGAAACAUUUGGAAUGAGAUUUGCUGUUGCCUUUGAACAGCAUAAUGCCACACUUAGUGCAGCUACUAUGGCCACUCUUAAACCCGAACAAUUAGAUGCAGUGCGUAAACUUAACAAAUUGGAUUUGGAACUAUAUGAAUUCGCAAAGAAACUUGCGUUUCAAAGGUUUAGAAAACUCAAAGAUCGUGAUCCUUAUUUUGUGCAACGAUUUCAGCAUCUUGGAGAAUUACCCUCAAGACAAAGUGCCACAGAAUUUAAUUGGGACUCCGUUAUUGAAGAUACUACGGAUAAUGAAUAGUGUGUGAGUAUAUUAAUAGACAUUAAUCAUUAAUGAUACGCAUAAAGCUGUUGCACUGGAUCUGAGUGUCUCAGGGAAAUGCGCAUUGGAACAGAAUGCUUUAUAUACAUGUAGUUAUCAAGCGCAUUUGUUGCGUGAGUUUUACCAAAAGUGUCGUAGGAUUUUACUUGGACAAGACCAAAGAGAGCUCCAAGAAACUUGGUAUUAUCCUUGGUACUUUUCAAUGAUUUCAUGUAAGAAUAGAUAUCAAGAUAAUUAUAAUGUGAGAGAAGAAAAAAAAAGAUAAAGAAAAAAGUCUUUAUAUAUUCUUAAAACAUUUGCAAACACUCUAUGAAAGCUCUUCCAUAUAUGUAUAUGGUUAAUAUAACUUUGCUUAUAUAACACUGAGAUGCAAUUAUUAAAAAGUACUGAUUUUUCCCUAUAUGUUAAAACGAAUAUUAGUUGAUGAAUGGGAUUGCAUCUACAUUUGUUGAAAUAAAAUCUUAAUAAUAGAUACGCAUAUAAGAUUUAAAUUUUUUGUGCGUGUUCAACAGGAUUCAAGGGAUUUGUACAAACAAAAUUAGGAAUAGAAUUUCUCUUUAAUUGUGAUAAAAUCUCUAUAUAUCUUUACAUAUGUGCGUUUUUAAAAUGUAGUUUCAACGCUAAACAAAAAAUCAUAGAUCGAAUUAAAGUCUCAUCCUAUUUUUAUUAGUCUCAAUCUUGUCUAAUAUUAUUGUUAUUAUAUUAAAA